AUGAGUGCGCAUCAGAUCAUCACAGGCGCCCUAAACCAAGGCGAACACGUGUUUUCCGUUGGAUCGGUAGACGGGAUUAAUUUUACGGUAUGUGCGGUUGGAGCCAAUAUAGUGAUUCUUGCUUCGAAUUUCGAGCGGGUCCAAGUGAUUCCCGGGAUUGGACAAAACGAUGGUCACAUUGUUAGCAGUGUGAGCAGUUGUCAAGAUUCGGGAAAGAUUGCUGCCACUUAUGGGAAUGUCAUUCGAAUAUUCGAGCCCUCUCAUCACAACUUCGAGAAAUCCAAACAUCGUCUCGACUAUCACUGGUUUGAAACACAUUCCCUAACAGUAAAAGGGCCUAUCUCUACAGUCAUUUGGAAUCUUGAAGGCCUUCGUUUACUUGUCGCCGUUCGAGAUGAGCUUUUACUGUAUCAACAUCGAUCUCUUCAACAAAAUUCAAUGCCACGACCACAAUCAACAUCAGUGAUGUUCUCAAUUUCGGAUUUAAAUCAGGAAGGAAGUAGUGAUCAAUGGAAUUUGAUUUGGACAAAGCGUUUGCCAGAGGCCCCGAAAUACAUUCGCUAUUCUCCUGAUGGGUGUUUUAUUGCGACCGCUGGCGAGGAUGAUAAAACCGUGAAGGUGUGGUACGAAAAUACUGGAAGUUUAACUAGUGACGGAGCUACUUCGUUCUCGUAUGUGUCUUUGCAACAUCCAAGUUUGGUUAACGGUUUUGAGUGGAGAAGAGUUGGAAGAUAUAUGCCCAGAAGAUGUAUCAGUAACGUACUGAUAACUUGGUGCGCGGACAAUACAUCGAGAAUCUGGAAAGAGUCACCGCCGAUAGAAAGUACUUUGGUUGAAAUCAGCGGCGCUGGCAGCGACUUGAAUUGGAUGAAUUACAGUCGACAUGGCGGAAAACUUGGCACAAUCAAGAAAGCUCGGAAUAAGAUACUGGGAAAGCUGAACAAUUUGACACCCGAGAAAAAUGGAAAGACAAGUGAAGCCAGUAUGCAAUCAAAGAAGUCUAGAGUUCUUACUUUGCACGACACCCCGCCACAACCAAUUGUGCUACCCGAACCCGCGGUGAACGUCAACUUUUAUCUUGCGUCGUCGAUUAACGCGGAAACAGAUUGUCUGUUAGUGCCUACGAUGGAAGGAUCGACUCAUGCAAAGAAGCCUUUUGCUGUGCAUUGGAUGAAUAACAAAGAACUCGUUUACAGCCAAGGCGCCGAAAAGCUACUGGCUGAAACCCUGCUCUCAAAUCUUCUUGAAAAAAGAACUGCCUCAAUACCGGAAGAUGAAGCGGAAGAUGAAGAGGCUGCGGAUCGAAUUUCAUCGGAAAAUAUCACUAGCCCGGUUUCAACAAUCUCAACGCCGGCUAGACAAAGUGGUACAAAUGGCUCGGACCAUUCCACAAAUGAUUUGCUGGAUGUGAAGCUUGUGGAUGAAAUGAAGAUGGAUGAAAAAUCAGUCAAUCAAUCAAUUAAUCAAUUAAUCGAUCAAUGGAUGCGAAGCAAUGACAUUUUAUUCACAAUACAUCCGGUUGAUGGUAGUCUCUUGACUUGGACAAUAGAAUGGCUUGAUGAUUUGCAUCGACAACCAUCUAUUUCAUUCUCAUCGCGUUUUCCGAGUGCAUUUCCCCUUACUGAUGCGGCGUCACUCCAAACUUCUCUGCACACGUUUAAUCCCCAUGAUCCAAUUUACGUAGAUGUCUUGCAAAGAUUUGGGCAAUCACAACAAACCACAACUCUCAUCGAAAAGUCACUUACACCGUCUAUCUACAUGUUAACUAAUCACGAAAAUGGCUCUCUCAACCUAUGGCGGAUAAACAUGGAAGAAGCUUCACACUAUGCAACCAUUUUGAAUAUUGUGCAUACCUCUCGGAUGUGUGGACAUAGGUUUCAAAUUAGUCAGGUGAUGCCACAUCCAGUGCUACCUUUGAUGAUUACUACCUCACAAUUUACUGCCACCGAACAUAUUGGCGAAAACGAGCUGAAAGACAGUCUAUCUGAGAUAAUUUUGUGGAAAAUCGGCUUUGUUGGGCCUCUUUGUCGCAGUGGGGGCGUUUCCGAAUUAGCAAGGAUGGCAGCGCAUUCAUCAGCCUCUUUUCGUCACAUGGCGUGGAUUCCUGCUAUUCUACCUAGUAGCACGUUGGGUACCGUUUGCAACUCGCCGUCUUCCUGUUUCAUUGCUACCGUUGGAUACGAUCUCGUUUUAUAUCAAGCUGUUGUCGAUGCACGCUCGUUGCUGGCCGAAAUUUAUAACGCAAAGCGAACGAGAGAUGAAAGUCCAGCCCGAUCUAGCAGCCGCUCACUUACACCAUCGCAAAGGGCUCUCGAGCAAACAGGGACGCCAAUUACGGAUACAUUCAAAGUUGUUUCAACACAAUCGACAAACAAGCCUGGAUGUGUUAUCGAAGUAGCAGCGAUUCGAGGAGCACUUACUGAUUCGAAAGUUUUACUGCUUCACGUGUUCAAUGAGCGACUAAUUGUGGAGGAUGAUGAUACGCUACUCAACGAUACUAUUGCGAACAGCAGUGUAGUUAAUGAUCGCAGUCGAGCUUUAUCAUUCAGUGAUCGAUAUUUCAUCGUCUUAAUCCAGCGAGAGGACAAUGUUGACAGGCUCAUAAUGUAUUCGUUGAAUCUGGCUUCUCAGCAACCGAAACCGAUUCCGAUUCUGGAUUCUGAAAAUUUGCCGGAUGCGAAAGGGUUUCUACGUCCAGCUAGCCCAAUCCCUCCAUCUGUGGCCAGACUACAAACAGAACAAUACCGAGUGUGCGAUCAAGCAUUGACUUUACCAAAAGGAGUCAGAAUCGUGAAUGCAACUCCUGCGGCGGGACAUCUCUCAUCGUCUUCUCUUUACCCAGCAUGCAAAGCUCCCUAUGUGUUAACGACUUCCUGCACUGAUGACAUUGUUCGCUUUUGGAAAUGCACCCAAAUUGACUCGCCGAAUGGGAUUUCCAAAUUUGAAUGGAAAGAAUGGCAAAUGAUCUCUGAUUCUAAGCCAUCAAUGCUGGAAAUUGAUGGUACCGUGUACGCCCUGUCAGCAGCCCACUCUGGGCGUCUUGCCUGCGCGUAUGACCCACGAAUUGGACAAUAUGAUGUGGACGAUAGACCAACAAAAAUUGAUAUUGGUGUCUUUGAAUGCGAGUCGUCGGGUGGAGUGGAAUGGAUGAGGGAGGACACGAUUUCGAUUAGCAACAUUGUUUUUCCGCAAGUUCGAGUCCCGCGAAUUGAAGAUUUCUCGGCAACUUCAGGAGGUAUGAUAGAUGCGGCAAUGGCUGGAAUUCAAUCGUUGCACCCAAGUCCCAGUGUUGUGAUGAGUGCUUCGGGUACCCUUUCUCGUCCACAAAGCCUUCUUUUCCAAAAUCUUCCUUCUUCUCGUACCAAUCUUUCAUCAGCCAACAUCCACCACGACACGCAUCUUUUGCCUUUCUCCAAUGCAACCCUUUCGUUGUCAUCACAUCCAUCAGCCAAUCAACUCAACUUGCAUGUGCCACAAGAAGAAAGCAUCAGAAGAGUGCUUAGUUCGUCGGCUUUAAAGGCUCAAGAAACGUUUGAUAAUAUGUCAAUCUCUGAUAUGAUCCGAAUUGAUUGGGUUUCCACUGAAGAUGGUGCACAUAUGUUGACGGUUGGAGUGAUCUCGAACAUCUACUUAUACACACAGAUUUCCCAGGAUCAAGCACAAAAGAACGUGGUAGCAAUGCGAGACAGUGAAGUAAACAUCCGAAGACCUAGCUUGAGAAAAUCGAGUAGCUUAGCGGCACCGGAACAUGUUCAUAACAAAUUAACUCGUUGGGUCUGCACCCGAGUUUUUCAACUGCAAUCAGCCGAUGGAUUGCCGCCGAUUCCUACAACUUUGCAUUGGGUACGAGAUGGGCUGCUCAUCGUGGGCAUGCAAACGGAGAUGAGAUGCUAUAAUCAAUGGAAUCUCAAGCCUAAGCAGGAUAAGGAAGUGAAACCCGAACUUAAUGCAAGAAGAAGAGGAACAGCCGGAAGCACACUUGGAAUCAGUCCUUCGCAUUCGAUGCUCGAUCAACUGGGCAAAAAGGCUAAAGAACAGGACAGAACGCGAGCCAAGCUACUAUUUGAAGCCUCCAAGAAAUCGAUUCAUUAUGUCCCUCCUGCAAUCCAACCCGAUAUCGAAGCGGAGAACUUGGUUGAAACGUUUUCUGGGCUCGGUCUGUUUGAAUUUUCUCGAAAUGCUUCACCAAUUCUUCCACAGUACCACCCGAAACAGUUACUCGUGCUGUUAAAUGCUGGUCGAACGAGAAGGGUGAAAGCCAUUCUGCUUCACAUCCUCCAGAGCUUGAAGCUUGGAAUUUCAAUGGACGAGGCGCCGGAUUACGACGAAGUGGAUGAUAUUUCACCUUUACCGCUUUACGCAUUGAUUGCGGCCGAUGCAGUUGAGGACACAGAUGUGCAAGGGCAAAAAGCUGAAGAUAUUCAUGGAGAAAAUGAUUACCAGACGCUCUUUGGAAACGCGGUUGAUGAAGAAAAUCUCGAUGAUUUGCUAAACGAAGAAGAGCAGGGCCGAAAAAGAAACCUAUCAUCGGGCUCAGAGUCAGGAAGCAUCAAAGAAAGAACCGGUAUACAGAUUGUCUUCUCUUCGAAACACAAUCGAGCACUCACCGAACAUUUGACACAUGCUCAUUUACCAGGCCUUUCAUCCGUUGAUCAAAUGCAUCUUUUGGCCAUUUCUGACACAUUGAGUCAUUUCAGUCCUGAUGUUAUGGAUAAGCUGACACAAGCAAAUGCAUCAAUGAAGCCGGCAGCUCGAUCGGUGCUAGGAGAGCAUGCCCAGGCUGGCGGAUAUGCAGCAGCAGCAGGUGGAGUCGAUACUGUUGAUGAAUGCGGUUUACGCUUUUUAAUGGCCAUGAAACAACACGAAUACUUGCUUAUUUGUCUUCCAUUAAUGCAACGCCAACAACUCAAGGUGAAGGGCUUGUCAUCUGCACAUAUAAUCUGGGCUCUUCAUUCUGAGACGGAAACCGAAUUAAUGAAUGCAAUUCCUUGUAUGCACAAAUCGAAUCCGUCGUGGGACGAACUAAGAACUCUGGGGGCUGCUUGGUGGAUGAGAAGCACAGCAUCUUUAAAGGUUACCGUCGAAAAAUUGGCAAAAGCGGCCUAUCAGGCCAAUCAAGAUCCAAUGGAUGCUGCGUUGUUUUAUCUGGCGUUGAAGAAGAAAAAUGUUCUCACGCAUUUGUUUAAGAGCUCACGCACGACAAUGAUGGCAGAGUUUUUUAUGAAUGAUUUUUCCGAGAUACAUUGGCAAAAAGUGGCGAUGAAAAACGCGUUUGUGUUGAUGAGCAAGCAAAGGUUUGCACAUGCGGCCGCUUUUUUCUUAUUGGCAAAUAGUCUCCGAGAUGCUCUUCAGACCAUUCUUCAUCGUUUAAACGAUCUUCAAUUAGCGAUGGUUGUGUUGAGAAUUUACGAACAAGAUCCUGAAGCUCAACAAAAUAUGAUGAAGGAAAUAUUAUGCAGGGAAAUUCUUGGGCAAAGUGUCGACGAAUUUGAGGAGAUGCGCGGAAAAACCGAUGACGAUUUUGCAUUGAAUCGCAAUGCUUCUAGGGAUCCAUUCAUUCGCUCAAUGGCUUAUUGGCUAUUAAAAGAUUACACGCGAUCAGCUCACACGCUUGUCGAAGAGGCAUCAUCGUGGCGAUUAGAUGCGAACAAACCCGAGCUGUUCACAUUGAGCAAUAUUUUCAACUUCUAUACAUAUUUACGAUUGCACCCAUUGGUAGUUCGACAGAAAUUGACCGAUGCCGGCACACAGAUUGGAUCGACAGAGAAGUUUCUGGGAAUUGCUCGACAAAUGGAACAAAUGUUGACACCGGCUGAACGACGACUAUUCUUCAGAACUGCUGCUGAGCAUAUGGCGCAUGGUUGUCCGAUGCUUGCGCUUGAUGUGCUUUCACGAUUGCCAAAACAUAUUCAAAUUGCGAUGCCGGGAAGUGAUUCGAUUCGAGCAAUGUUCAUUGAUGAGACUCCUUCUUUAAACGGAAUUUCUGCCAAACCAGAACCAGUCAACGUGGAUUGGUCACAACCAACAAAUGUGGUGAAAGAAGAUGAGCUGAAACUCGAUUGGGAUGAUGAUGAGGAAGAAGAGGAUGAAGCCGAGCAAACAAUGAAGAUUGAAGAGAAGCCGGAAAUCGUGGAAACAAAGAUUGAUUCACAACUAGAGCCAAUCCUUAAAAAUGAAGGGCCUUUGGAUAUCAUCGCUCAGCAAUUACGAUUUGUCGCCAGCUUGCGCAUUUUGACAGAAGAACUUAGCACGUUGGCCAGUGGUUACGUGGUUGAUGGAGGGCAGCUUCGAUAUCAAUUAUUCAAUUGGCUUGAAUCGGAAGUUGAGGUUUUAAAGAACUUGUGCGAUUAUCGGACGACGGAUACUCAAAACGAAGUCGACAUCACUGAUGAAGGCACUGAUUUUGUUUCGUCGAGAAGCCAUUCUCCUGUCCCGAUGCACGAAGCUCUUAAAAACGAUAGUGCAGAAUUCAACGCAAGAGUGAGGAUCGGGGUCAAAAGAAGACGAUGGCUGGCAUCAAAUCAGAAACUUCUUAGAUCAUUCACUUCUUAUUGUCAACUUCAUAUGGCUCAAAGUCAUCGUUUGACCUCGGCAUUGAUGGAACUCCUCUUGUUGUUGCUUGAAGUGCAAACAGAUACAGGAAUGAAUAACCUCGCAGGGUUACCCGAUUCCAACUCAUUUCCACUUCUGGUUUCUUCUGUUUCUCCAUUGAGAAUGUUUGUCACGUCACCUCUUCUGUUUAUCGAAAUGCAAUGUCACGAUCUACUCUCUUCCAUUGCCGAGCUUUCCAAUGUGCCCCAGCUAAAAGAGUCUGCGUUACUCAAGUACUCAAAAUUGUAUGGAAUCUCGCUUGGUCUUUCUUCGUGCCUCUACCAAUCGCUUAGUGAAACAGACUCGUUCCAUCGGUCACAGUUACGGCAUCAGACGUCAGCGAAUGGGGUACUAACACGCCGGUCCCGAAACAUAUCGACCCGAGAUGAUGAGCUUCGAGUCUCGACAGCACCGGCGCGUUGGCCUGGUGUCGAUACUCUCGUGGCACUGCUUGGACGUGAACGCGAUGAAGAAACUCCACAGCUCCGCCUUCUACUAGCCGAAUGCUUCAUAUCCGUUUUCAUGUCAUUGUUCACUUACGCAAUGGCCUCAUAUGAUGCUCGUUGGUUAUACCGAUUAACAAGUCACGCAAUCGGGCCGAGAGAGUUUGCUGCAAUUUUUGGUGGUGGUGGGGAAAAACGACUGAAGAGCAUUCCUCCGGUUAGGCCACCAAGGCCAUCUGCUCCCCGGCAAUCGCACGAAAUCCCGAAAACAAACGAUAACACCGGUGAACCUGUGGCUGUUAUUGAUUCGACAACUUUGAGAGCCAAAUUACACGCUAAAGUAUUUGGCGCUGACGCACCGAUCACUUUAUCAGCAUCAACAGGCUCUUCUGUCAUGCCACUCAUUGAGCAGACUGUGCUUAAAUGGGUUCCACCUUCGAAAAAUAUAGUGCAACUUUUUGCCGAGAAACCAACCUUGGGUACUAAUGAGAUGGGCAUUGAUUACGAUUCGGAAACAGACAGCGACGAUGAGCAAAAGAAAAUUCACGAUUACGACGAUGAGGAUGAUUAUUGUUCUGCCGCUGAUCCAGAUUCAUAUGCUUGGGCAAUUCUCCGAGUGGCUCUUGUGGAAAAUGUGAUCAUCCGAUUGAAACAAUAUUUGGUGCUUGCUGGAUUUGAUCCCUCGGAUAUUCCAUCAACCGCUCCUCGAAUUGCAUCAAUUCUUCACGUCCUCUGCAAUUGGUCAUCUGAACUUGUGCUCGAUCUGCAAACAAAAGCUCCAGUAGAAGACCUUUUGCCCUCAAUGGUUUUGGAUCCAACUGAACAACAUCAAGGGCCAUCGAUGAGCAAAUAUCGCGUUCUUCUUCGACCCAAUAAUACUCCGUUCGAGUCCGAUGAUCCAAAAGUCCUACCUGUACGUCGUUUAUGGUCUUACUUGGUUCGUCAAGAGCAUCUGAUGGGAAUCUUUGUGCGUCACAUCUUCCGAUCGCAAGGCCAACAGGAACAAAAAUCAGGAAAGAAUGAUUCAACUCUUCAUGGGAUGUCAAAGGAAGAAAAACAAAUAUCUGAACCUUACAAGAUUGUGCAAAAAGACCACGAACCGAUUGUGGCAUUCGCAGUGAAUCCGGAUAAACUUGGAUGGCUUGUGGUGUCGACUGGACGCGAACUGCAAGAAAUGGACAUCUCAUCAUUACUGGAAAAUGCAUCAGCACCCGUGUCUUGGCUGAAUAAUAGGACCGAAUUGGACGUUGAGUUCUCCACACUAAAAAAAGACACGUUAAAGGACAACGACGACUAUCAAUUGAUCAAUACAGGAAAUCCGAAAACGUCAGGGCCCAACUUGUCGCUAACUCCCUUUAUUAUUGAUCGUUCCCGUAUGGGCUUACGCAAGAUGUUCAAGCGCACGAUCACUGGAAUUCGACGUAUGGAUGGACAUCCAACUGCGCCAUUUUAUGUCACUGGCUCAUCAGAUGGAUCGAUUCGCGUGUGGGAAUGGGGAGUUGGACAACCCGUCUACACUGCUCGAGUAGCUGGGCAACAUGCUAAGGUGACAAAAAUCGUCUUUUCGGCAAACGGAAACAAAUUCGCGGCAGUGGAUGGCGAUGGAAUGCUAUGUCUUUGGCAAGCUGGGCAAGCACAAGAGCCAAAGAAACCAUUCUUUAACGUAAAAUGCCACAACAAAACGGCUACAGAGGUCGGGUUUAUCGGUCAAUCGGCUUCUCAACUAGUGACAGCUGGAACAAGUAGCGGAGACAUUAAUCUUUGUCUAUGGGACACGCUGAUGCCAUCCUCAAAGUCGUGUGUUCAAUCAUGGUCAUGCCACCCCGAAGGAGCCACUUGUGCUCUCUAUGUUCCAUCUCAACACGCCAUUUUUUCAGGAGGGCGGCAUGGAGAGAUUUGCGUCUGGGAUGUGAGAGCACAUGCAAUGAGAAGCACGGUGAAAGCUUUCGAGUCAAAUCAAGCCGUUCGCACACUCGCAGCCGACCCCUCACACGAUACCAUGAUUGUGGCUGGUUCAAGUGAUGGGGAUAUCAAGAUAUGGUCCGCUGAUGUAAAUCCGCAACUCAUUUAUCACUUGCCAGGCGAGCAUACGGCAAAAUCCGGAUUUAGUUUCAGACAGGUCAGUGCAAACAAUGUACAAGGUGUUCAACAGCUCUACAUCGACCCAAAUAUGCGGCUGUUCUCGUGUGGUGCCGAUAAUUCGCUGAAAAUUCGCAAGUCAUUCGUGAUGGCUGUCCCGAUGCGCGACAGCCGAUUGACUGUAUUCGUGGGGCUUUUUGCCCUAUUUGUCACCGCCAAUUCUGCUCCCAAUCCUGGGGAUGAAUGGAAGAACUAUCAUUCACACGAGGAAUUAAUCGGGAAACUCGCCGAGAUCAAUAAGAAAUGCCCGGAUAUUACCUCUCUUUACUCAAUCGGUCGAUCUGUUGAGGAGCGUGAACUGCUUGUCAUUCAAUUCUCAACCACCCCUGGUUCACAUGAAUUCUUGAAGCCUGAACUCAAAUAUAUUGGAAAUAUGCACGGAAAUGAGCCCGUUGGACGAGAACUUUUGAUCAAAUUGGCUGAUGAAUUGUGUUCUGGAUACCAAAAGAAAGACAAAGAAGUGGUCUCUCUUCUCAACUCGACAUCCAUUCAUAUCUUGCCAUCGAUGAAUCCUGAUGGAUUUGAGCUCGCUUUGAACACUCCCCCAGCUCAACGCCAAUGGUUGACCGGCCGAUCAAACGCCAAUGGAAUCGAUCUCAAUCGUGAUUUCCCCGACCUCGACAGCGUCUUCUACGCGUUGGAGGAGCACAAAGUACCCAAAUUCGAUCAUUUGAUGGAAAUGUUUGACGAGAGCAAAGAGAGACAAGUAGAGACAGUAUCAGUGGGGCGGUGGAUCUUGUCUCUUCCCUGGGUUCUUUCCGCGAAUCUUCACGAAGGAGAUUUGGUUGCCAAUUAUCCAUUCGAUUCGACUCCCCAUGAGGCUCCAUCCAAGUACAGCGCUUCACCCGAUGAUGGGACUUUCCGCUGGUUGGCUCAGACUUAUGCCCAAGCUCAUGCACAUAUGUCAAAGCCCGAUCACCCGCCUUGUGAUGGAACUACAAGAGAUGCUUUCGGUACACAAGGAGGAAUCACGAAUGGCGCCAAAUGGUACUCGGUUGCCGGUGGAAUGCAAGAUUUCAACUAUCUUGCCACAAAUGCGAUGGAGGUCACGCUCGAGCUCGCUUGCGAGAAAAUGCCCGCUGGAAACACUCUCCCCCAAUUGUGGGAAGACAACAAAAAGGCUCUCUUCGAAUAUAUGUGGAAGAUUCAUUCGGGAGUGAAAGGAGCUGUGACUGAUGGAAUUACGGGAGAACCGAUCGAAGAAGCGGCUGUUUGGGUGAUGAAUGGAACUUCCAGCUUGCCCAUCAAGCACGCUGUCCAGACUGGUCUUGGUGGUGAAUAUUACCGACUUCUUCCUGAGGGAAAGUACGAGAUUGUUGUUGAGGCUGAGGGAUAUGAAUUGGGAAGACAAAAUGUGACGGUGAAGAAUGCGGUGCGAGACUCGGCUCUUCUCGUCAACUUUGCUCUCAAACCGCUCGCCGUUGAAGAACCAGUGAUGAGUGAACAAGAGGAACAAGAGGCACAAGAGGAACAAGAACUCCCUCUGGAUCUCGAGGAGAACAUGGCUCCAUUCCUUUUG